CGACGCCGUCUUCCCGGACGCCGGCUGUUGGCAUCUACAGAUUCCAUAACUGUGGGAGGCUCUAGCUGUGCCCUCUGCACCCAGAGGAGCCUAUGGUGAAGCGGGUCGGCAAGUACGAGAUUGGAAGAACUCUUGGCGAGGGCACAUUUGGCAAGGUAAAGUUUGCAGUCAACACUGAGACCGGAGAGAAGCCACUGCCCAUGGCGCAGGUGGCGAAGCAAGCGAUGGGCGAGCAAAUCAAAAAGGAGAUUGCCGUGAUGAAGAUGGUCAAGCAGCGGCACGUCGUGCUCGCCUCGCGCACCCGCAUCUUCAUCGUCCUCGAGCUCGUCACGGGCGGCGAGCUCUUCGACAAGAUCGUCUCCACCGGCCGGUUCGACGAGCCCACCGCGCGCGCCUACUUUCGCCAGCUGAUCUGCGGAGUCGAGUACUGCCACCGGCAAGGCGUCUGCCACCGCGACCUCAAGCCGGAGAACUUGCUCCUCGACGAGCACGCCGUGCUCAAGAUCUCGGACUUUGGGCUCUCGGCCCUCUACGGCUGCGAGGGGCUCGGCUCGAGCACGCUGCUGCACACCACUUGCGGCACGCCAAACUACGUUGCGCCUGAGGUGCUCGCUGACCACGGCUACGACGGCUUCCUGGCGGACGUCUGGUCGUGCGGCGUCAUUCUGUACGUCCUCCUUGCGGGCUUCCUCCCGUUCGACGAGCCCACGAUGGCGGCUCUCUUCCGGCGCAUCGUCCGCGCCGACUACUCCUUCCCCGCCUGGUUCUCGCCCCCGGUCCGCUGCCUGCUCACCUCCAUCCUCGUCCCUUCCCCCGACAAGAGGGCGUCCAUCGCAAAGAUCAAGCAGUCUGCCUGGUUCGCCGAGGGCGGCGGCAUCGCCGACGAGGCGUCCGAGCCGGGCCCCGCCCUCGCGCUCGUGGCGGCCAACUCGUUCGAAGAGGUCGACGACGACGCGCUGGCGGAGGAGGCGCAGCCGGGGGCGGCGCAGGCGGCGGCGGAGGCAGCGCCGCCGCACAUGAACGCGUUCGAGCUCAUCGCCAUGUGCGGCGCGCUCGACCUCACGCCGCGCCUCACGCCGCGGCUGGACCAGGGCAGCGGGCUGGUCAAGCGGCACACGCGCUUCCACUCCGACGCGCCCGCGGACGCUAUCCUCGCGAGGCUGGUGCAGGUGCUCGACGCGGCGCGAGUGCCGCACAAGGUUGUGGCGCGCUCCUUCAAGAUCAAGGUUGCGACCGAGAGCGAGCGCGGCCCGCUCGGCUGCACGAUCCAGGUGUUUGCAAUCGCGCCGGGCCUCCACCUGGUCGACUGGCGGCGCGGGCAGGGCGACCUCAUGACGUACCACAAGUUUUACGAGGCGAUGCGGGGCCAGCUGGCAGAGCUGAUCAGACCAUCAGCCGCGGCCGCAGCGAACGGCCACGAGUAGCCGCAAUAAUCUCGCGCGCCACACGUACUGACGUACACGUGGUUACAUGGCAUGUGUUUUUGAGAGUAUUAGAGAGAAGGUGCUCGGGUUGAAACUUGAAGAGCUUUUCUAAUG